UGUUCGGGUAUAGGGGGUGUGUACUUGGACCGCCUCUGCGGCCCCACCUCUGUGUGCCUGGGAGCGCCCCUGCCGACGCUCAGCUGAUCGUGCGCGCCAAGCGGCAUGACUGGCGCGGGCGACUAGGCGUGGCGCUCGCCAUACUUGUUUAGUUUUUGGAGGACUCUCUCGGCCCAUUCGCACCGGCAGUAAAUAAAUCGCGUUUCUCUUAAGCUCUCUCUCACUCGAACCGUGAAUCACGAACAUAACAUGGCGCGGUCAGUAGAUGGUUCCGUGCGUGCGCGCAGUGAUCGGUGUAUCAGUGUAUCAGUGAUUAGUGUAUAGCGCGCCGUGAUCUGUGACGAUGAGUGACAUUGAGAAACUGACGCAGCUGCUCCUGCAGCAGGCGGAGCUGUCGGCGCAGCGGGAGCGAGACUCAGCGCAGCGCGAGGAGCGGCUCACUCAGAUGGUGGAGCGACUGGUCGCCGACCGACAGCCACCCGCUACCGUCGCUGCCGACGAUGCCUCGGCGGCGACAGCCGCCCGGACGUCGGCUGCCGCCCCGCCCGUGCGCCUGCCUGCUGCUGCAACGCCGGCGCCUCAGCUGUCGUCCUCCACAUCCCUGCGUGACUUCGCUGUAUGGAGGGAGAAGCUGGACGGGUACAUGCUUCUGACCGGCGCGUCCGCGCUGCCCGUCACUGCCCAGAGAGCUGCCCUUCUCAGUCUUCUCGACGAAGAUUGGCACCGGGUGCUGCGCUAUGGACUGACGAUAGCGGACGACUCUCCCCUCUCCGCGGUGGUAGACGCAAUGGAGAGUCAUCUCCGUAAGCAGCGCAGUGUCCUGGUCGACCGCCGUGCGUUCUACGCCCGUGUCCAGGAGCAGGGCGAGAAUUUUGAGGAGUUUCUGUGCGAAGUGAAGGAGCUCGCGGCAUUUUGCGACUUUUGCACACACUGUUACGACUCACGCCUGCGUGACAAGAUUGUGUGUGGCCUGCGGGACGAGGAGACGGUGAAGCGUCUGUUGGAGGAUCCGGGGCUGGACCUCAAGAAGACGGUGGACAUCUGCCGUGCGUCAGAGAACGCCCGGGCUACCUGCUCCGACCUCCGCUCACCGACGGCGUCAGUGAGCCGUCUGUCGGCAUACCGCCGUGUUCGGGUAUAGGGGGUGUGUACUUGGACCGCCUCUGCGGCCCCACCUCUGUGUGCCUGGGAGCGCCCCUGCCGACGCUCAGCUGAUCGUGCGCGCCAAGCGGCAUGACUGGCGCGGGCGACUAGGCGUGGCGCUCGCCAUACUUGUUUAGUUUUUGGAGGACUCUCUCGGCCCAUUCGCACCGGCAGUAAAUAAAUCGCGUUUCUCUUAAGCUCUCUCUCACUCGAACCGUGAAUCACGAAC